AUGACUAAUGAAGAUGAAAUUAGAAACAAGGAAGAUAUUAAAGCAUUCUGCUCACGUAAAGGUGCUCCAAUUCCAAAGCCAAUUACACAAUUUAAUCAUAUCAAUUUCCCACACUUUAUUCAAAAUCAAUUUAAGGAAAUGAAUUUCAAAGAACCAACAGCUAUUCAAAAACAAGCAUGGCCAAUUGUUAUGAGUGGAAAUGAUAUGAUUGGUCUUGCUGAAACAGGUAGUGGUAAAACAUUGGCCUUUUUAUUACCAGGUUUGAUGCAUGUUUUGGCACAAAAGGAAUUAAAGAAAGGAGAUGGACCAAUUAUGGUUAUUUUGACACCAACCAGAGAAUUGGCCAUCCAAAUUCAUGGAGCUUGUGAAAACUUUUGCAAUGCUUUCGUUCCAGAUAGUAAGGAUAGAGCUUUGAAAAUUGCCUGUCUCUAUGGUGGUGAAGUUAGAAAGACUCAAAUCAAGGAAUGUAGAUCCAAACCACAAGUUAUCAUUGCUACACCUGGUAGACUUCUUGACUUUUUACAGGCAGGUAUUACAAACAUGAAACGAUGCUCAUAUCUUGUUUUGGAUGAAGCUGAUAGAAUGUUGGAUAUGGGUUUCAAUCCACAAAUUUCACAAAUUACAUCUCAAGUUACUCCAGAUAGACAAACAUUAUUUUUCAGUGCUACUUGGAAUAGAUCUGUCCAAUCCAUGGCCAUGUCAUAUGUUAGUAAGGCAGAGCCACAUUUUAUUGUAAAUAUAGGUUCCAUAGAAACAUCAGCAAAUCACAGAGUUAAACAAUCAUUUUUAUUUAUUCAAGAAUCAGACAAGAUUGCCAGAUUGACAGAUUUAUUAGAUAAAUUAAUUAAGAAUCCAGAGGAUUGCAGAACAUUAGUAUUUUGUAAAACAAAGAAGAGAACUGAUGUUGUGACAGAGAGAUUGAGAGAAGCUGGGUGGCCAUCACUCAGUAUUCACGGUGAAAGAAAGCAAGAAGAAAGAGAAUGGGUUUUGGAAGAAUUCAGAAGUGGAAAGACACCUAUUCUCGUCGCCACUGAUGUUGCUGCUAGAGGUUUGGAUGUGGAAAAUGUGAAAUAUGUUAUCAAUUAUGAUAUGCCACACGAAAUUGACUCAUAUAUCCAUAGAAUUGGUAGAACUGGUAGAGCUGGAAAGGAAGGUAACUCUGUUUCAUUCUUCACACCAGAAGAUGUUCAAUUGUGUACUCCUCUUAUCAAGGUUUUGGAAGAAGCUGAACAAGACGUACCUGACAAACUUGUGAAAUUACGUGAUCUCUCAACCAAGUCUCAUGGAGACUUGUCAAUUAAGGAACAAAGACAAAAGGAUAAGAUUGAAAUGUUAACAGAAAAGAAGAAGAGAAAGUAA